AUGGUAUCAACACGACGAGCGCAGGCAAGCGCGACUCCUCCGACCACGCCGUCAGCAGAACGACAUGGCCAAGUUGCAAUCCCCCACUCUGCGCCCGGCAGUGGCAUCAAGAUGAGCAAAGAGCUGCGACGUCUGACCAUCGACGCCAAUCCCAGUCUUGGAGGAGUCGCUUCUUCGUCAGCAAACACCAGAAACACACGCCGCAGCCGAGUGCGACAGGAACUGUUACCUCCCGCAGCAGACUCUACACAAGCGCCAACACAUUUGCUUCCUGAUGGAGGAGUCUUGCUCACGCCAUCGCCUUCGGACUCGCCAGCUUCUCCCCAUCUCGUUACUGUCACUGAGCGAGUGCCGUCUCCUCCCGCUGGCAAACAAUCUCAGACCAGCAACCCGCAGCCUGCAAAAAAGUCUCUCAUUCUUACCAUCAAGUCGCCCUACUUUACUGCUAUGCCACAACCAUCCCAGACCAACAAGCGUCGCAAGAUUGACAACGAUCAACUCGAUCCUCCUGCUCUGCAAACCGCUGCGAGCGUCCCGGAACCUGCUCCUGAGCUUAAGGCAGAGACCUAUGAAGAGUUGGAUCAGAACACAUCAAUGGUACAAGUCCCGCAAAAGGACAAAGAGCCAGACAAGCCUCAUGAUACAGAUCAAGAGCAGCCUUACAUGACGGCAGAAGAAGAUCGCCAUCACAAUGACGAGCAAGAUCCCAGAAAGAAGGAAGAGGAAGAGAAAAUUGAUGCAAAGCCUGCUCUGAUUGACAAACGAUCGAGGCGGCAAACAACCCUCCCCCCAGCACGACAAGAAGACGCAGAUUCGAGACCUGCAAAGCGUCAACGUCACAGCCUGCCUGCUCCAGCAUCUGAUGGUCCCUCAAACACAGUCGUUGGGUCGACAUUGAAUCCUGUGCAUGUGCUUGAAGAAAUCUCCGAAACGGCUCCUGACCCUACUCCAAUUUCGACUUUGAUCGAAGAGGCAAAGGCCACUCCACCCGAACCCAACCCUCCGGUCUUCCCUGCCGGCACCAAUCCCAAAUUACUUGCAUCAGGCGAAGUCAACGACGAAUGGUUGACCCAAUGGCUGGGCUACGUCGCCCAUAUCACUGGCGACGAAGAAACCUCCAAAAUCCUGGCCGAAGAAGACGUCAAAGAACUCAUUAAACCAGACCGCAGCGAGGAAUCUGAUCAAGAUCGGCAAAAGAGAAUCAGCAACGAAAUGGACAUGGUUGCGGGAUGGAACGUCGUUGAGCCACAACAAGAAGCCAUUCAAUCUAGUCCUGAACAAGCUGCUCCUGUCAAACCUCCGCCAAAGAAGAAGAAGCAGAGGUUCAAUCCCAAGCCAAAAGGUCAACCGUAUAUCCCAAAAGCAAAGAAGAAGGCCCAAGAGCUUGCAGCCAAAAAGUUGGCAAAGAAGCAAGCUGAAGCAGAGGCUGAAGCAGAGGCUGAAGCAGAGGCUGAAGUCACACAAGAAGCGACGCCAGUGGAUACCACAGCAAACGCAGAGGCGGAACAUGUUCUAGAGCCAGAGCAACCAGCUCCAGUGCAAGAAACAGUGGCACCAACAGAGGCACCAACGGACUGGCUGACAGAUCUGAUGAAUGCUACCGAACCGGCCAACACAGAUGGAGAGCAGCCGAACAAGACGAAGAAAAGCAGCAAAGGGAAAGGCAAGGCCAAAGUCAUUUGA